AUGCUAAUCUUACUGUACACAGGUGGCGUCCCUGAUAGUUUAGCCACUGCUUUCGCGCAAAGCAAGCAAUUCGAAAGUGAUGGCCCUCCUACGAAACGUCGGAAAUUGGCAUCGGAGGGUCUGAGCCUUCGGCAGAUUAAUGGCGCAUCCGAGUCUGGAGUACCGUACGGAUAUAUUCCAUUGACUCGCCUUGAUUUAUACCUGGAAUUCGCACAUCGAAAUCCCAACAUUGAGGGAUAUCCCAACAAUUCAUCCAAUUUGCCACACCGACUGCCUGUUUGCCUUGAAACUGCUGAGACUAUACCAUCAUCCUCGGGUCGUCACUCUGCCACGCAAGCGUCUCCUCCAUAUGACUGCCUUCAUCUCGUAAUCGCAUCGUUGUCGGAGAAAAGACCUAUAUUCGAAGAGAAGAAUACCAGUGAGAAGGUACUGGAAAUCGGGAAGCAUCUCGAAUCCGCGCAUCGCCUCACGUGCGCCGACCGCUACAAUACGAAGGUUCCAACAGCUUGUUAUCAGUGCACUUUACACUGCUCGCCUGAUGGAAAGACAUUUCAUCUUGAAACAAUUAUACUAUGGAAGGAUUCGCCGGACAUCAUUAACGAGAAGCUGUUGCAUCCCAGUGAUUCGGAAACUUUCGCGAGAUAUGUCCUGCAGAGCAAUAUAGACGAUUCGGAACAUGCUGCUCGACAGCACAAGAAAUGGCGGGGCAUGGGUUAUUCGCCAGAAGCUAUUUGGUCACCUCGAGAUUUUUACGACAACGUCCAUGUUCCUCAAGACACGGCCAGCUCUUCCGCGGAGAUAAAAUGCGACCUGAUACACUGUCAUCUCUAUCCAUUUCAGAGGAGAGCAGUACGAUGGUUGAUCCAACGCGAAGGUUCGGAACUCCAGACCAAUGGACAAGUACUUCCUAUUGAGGACAAGCUGAGCGGUCAGCUCCCAACUUCAUUCCAACAAUUCACAGACGCAGAGGGAAAUGCAUACUACGCGAGCUCCUUAUUCAUGAUUGUUACAUCUGAUCUUUCCAACUGGCAUGCCCCGGCGAACGAUCUCAAGGGUGGUAUUCUUGCCGAGGAGAUGGGAUUAGGCAAGACUGUGGAAAUGAUCAGCUUAAUGUGCCUCCAUCGUCGGAUUGUGCAACCAGACUUGGACCUUGACAAUGAAGGAAAAAGACUCUCAGGUGCAACAUUGAUUAUCACGCCUCCUGCGAUUCUUCAGCAAUGGAUGCAGGAAAUCCAGCUACACGCGCCAGCACUUCACGUGCUCCAUUAUACUGGGAUUAACCGCCACCAAAAGCUUUCGGAUCGUGAGUUAGUUGAAUUACUUGUUGACCAAGAUGUGGUUCUUACGACCUACGAUGUUCUUGCACGAGAAAUCCACUAUUCCGGCAACGCUCCGGAUCGCAAUCUCCGGCACGAGAAGAGGUUUGAGCCACGAAAAACUCCUCUGGUUCGGAUAUCAUGGUGGCGAGUUUGUCUUGAUGAAGCCCAAAUGAUUGAGAGUGGUGUCAGUAAUGCGGCAAAGGUCGCACGUCUAAUUCCUCGUCGAAACGCCUGGGCAGUAACUGGUACACCCCUCCGCAAGGAUGUUUCUGACCUUCUUGGCCUUCUGCUUUUUCUGCAAUAUGAACCUUAUAGUGGGUCUGUCUGGAAAAGGCUUUGUGCGUUGUUCAAGCCCGUUCUGUCCGGCAUUAUCAACCACAUCGCUCUCCGGCAUAGCAAAGACCGUGUUCGCAGUGAGCUCAAUUUACCGUCUCAAAAGCGAUUUGUUAUCACCAUUCCUUUUACUGCAGUCGAAGAACAGCACUAUGGCCAGCUUUUUGAACAAAUGUCCGAAGAUUGCGGCCUUGGCCUGUCUGGUGCACCGCUCAAAGACGACUGGAAUCCAGAAGACCCAGCAGUUGUGGAGAAGAUGCGAAGUUGGUUAAUGAGGCUUCGUCAGGCUUGUCUGUAUCCAGCUGGAAGCAACCGUCGCGUCUUGGGGUUGGGUGGCGGUCCGCUGCGUUCUGUUGCUGAAGUCCUUGAGCUCAUGAUUGAUCAAAAUGAUGCUCUAAUUCACGCAGAAGAGCGUGCUCUUGUCCAGUCUCAGCUUCGGCGAGGUCAAUUGCUAGAAAACGCCUUGCUUCGACAACGGGCUCUAGACCUUUGGACCAAGUCCUAUGAACGGUCUACUGAAUUAGUCAAAGAGUACCGCACCCGACUAGAGUCUGAGCGCGCAAAGAGUCGAGCUAUUUCCAUCGGUAUGAAUCGCCAUAACACGGCGGAGGACACGAGUGAUAAUGAGGGCGAGGAGGGGGACAAGAAUACUCGCGUAGGCGCGUACCGUCAGAGAUUGCGCGCUGCACUUGAGAUUCAACACAUCGCUAUAUUCUUCAUUGGAAAUGCAUUUUAUCAAAUCAGGACCGACGCGAAGCUCACUGCACCUGACUCGGAAGAGUUCAAAGCUCUUCAGAAGCGAGAAAGCGAAGCAUAUGAGGAGGCGAAGCUGAUUCGACAGGAGAUACUGACUGAUAUCUCCCGUAAGGUCGAUCGAUAUAUGAAUGCAAUCAAGGAAAAAACGGAAAAGCAACAGUUUGUGGUUAUCUACAAGAUGACGCCAGAGCUUUACAGCAACGGACUGGAAUCCCGGCGCAUAUUCGACAAAUACGAAGAAUUCUGCGAUGUGAUGAAUCAGCACGCCGCUCAGUACAAUAAGUGGCGAGAUAUUAUGAUUAAAUUACUUUUGCAAUCGCUCAUUGACCGGGAGGAAGACUCGGAGCUUGAGGGAAAUGAAUAUGAGAGAUCGACAAAACAUCAGGAUGAGAUGUAUGUCUACAUGGAGGCCCUACGUGCAAUGUUCGCGGAUCGCCAUGAUGCUCUCACCGGCCAACAAAACGUCCUCAUCGCCCAUGAAGUCAAAACCGGUAUCAUCCAAGCUCAGCGGGGCGAGGGACCGUCUCCAGAUCUUUUUCUCUCGAUUAUGAAUACACGUAGUGCGCUGAAACCCGAUCCUGCGCUUGGUUCUCUUCGAGGUAUCACCAGUGAGCUUCGCAGCCUCGCGACCUCUCUCGAGUGGCAAGGAAGCGGAGGAAGCUCUCGUGCGCUCGCUGAGCUAGAACUUGUCAACUCAGUCCUUCACCAUGCCGGCAAAAUGGCCGCCGGGCAAACCAAGAUUUCAUCGAGUCUGGAGAGAGAAGUAGAGAUGUUCCGGGACACAAUGAACAACCGUCUGGAAUAUUAUCGUCAACUGCAGCAGAUCUCCGACACUGUUGCUCCUUACGACGAAGAGAGUGUCGGCAAACCAUUGGAUGAAAAUCUAUUUGCAGCGAAGCUCAAGCAGGAGAACGAUAUCGAUGCAAAGAUAUCGUCCCUCAGAUCGAAACAUCGUUAUCUCCUUCACCUGAGAGACGAGUCAGGGGCCGAUACAUCAGCGAGGAUUUGUGUUAUCUGUCAGUCAAGCUUCGAGAUCGGUGUCUUGACCGUAUGUGGGCAUAAAUAUUGCAAGGACUGCCUGCGUUUAUGGUGGAAUCAACAUCGGACUUGUCCCACCUGCAAAAGACGCCUGAAAGUCAACGAUUUCCAUCAGAUCACCUAUAAACCUGAAGAGUUUGUAGUGCAGGAGGAGAAAUCACCCGCGAAAAUAGAACCUGGACGCUCUUCAAAUAAUUUCAUCUAUGCUGAUAUCAGUUCCGGCACCCUCAAGGAGAUCAAGAACAUCGACCUGGACGGUUCUUUUGGAACCAAGAUCGAUACCUUAGCCCGUCAUAUUCUUUGGCUACGCGAGCAUGAUCCCGGCGCGAAAUCAAUCAUUUUCUCUCAAUAUAAGACUUUCCUAGAGGUCUUGGGUACUGCCUUUGCCCGGUUCAAAAUCGGCUAUAGCAGUAUAGAUUAUGCUGAUGGUAUAGAGAGGUUCAAGAGUGACCCGGCGAUUGAAUGCUUUUUCCUUCACGCCAAGGCGCAAUCAUCUGGUCUGAACCUCGUCAACGCGACGCACGUCUUUCUUUGCGAGCCACUUGUCAACACUGCGAUUGAGCUUCAAGCCAUAGCUCGUGUACACCGAAUCGGACAGCAUCGCCCUACUACUGUUUGGAUGUAUCUCGUCUCCGACACUGUUGAACAAUCGAUCUACGAUUUAUCCGUCUCACGUCGCUUAUCUCAUAUCUUCCAGAAGGAGAAGACGGAAGCACAGGGCGCCGCUCGGCCUGUGAUUGAUGAUCUCACCGAAACGGCGAUCGAUUCGGCCAACUCUUUGGAGUUACAAGAUGCGACGCUGGCUAAGUUGAUGACCAAAGGUGCAUCGGGUGGCGAACUCGUGAAGAAGGAUGAUUUAUGGCAAUGCCUGUUUGGCAAUGCAACCCGAAAGAUAGACCUGGGUGCUGAACAGGAGGUGGCACGAUUUCUCAGAGGCGACGCAGCAGAGAAAAGAAGAUUCGCUGCUCCGUCAUGA